CUCUUUCUUCUUCUUCUUCUUCGUCUUCGUCUUUCUCUCUCUUCAGUUUAACUUUACUUCUCUCUCUCUCUUCUGGAAGCAGGAACCGCUUCCUUAUUUUCUUUCAUUCAUUCCUUCGUUUCAUACCCACAAUACUCUCACGAACCGUGUUGAAGUCAAACAUAUCCAUUUCUCUAAACUCUUUAUCUCUCUCUCUUUGGGUUUCUCUCUCUAGAGCUUUCUCUAUCCGCCAUUUCCCUUUCUGACAGAAUGUUGGACUCUACUUGAUUAAACACUUGUUUUUUCUGUUUCUGUUUCUCUGGCUGUGAUUCUCUCAAAUGGAUGCUAAAGAUUUCUGGGUGAUUUUCCUUGUUACUGGGUUUUUUUGCUUCAGAGCUUGGGCUCAGAGUCCUGAUCAGAACCUCAAAUGUCACCCAAAUGAUUUGAAAGCUUUACAAGAAUUCAUGGCGGGUCUGCAAACUUUGAUUGAUGGGUGGGACGCCAACUCCACUAAUUCCAAUUGCUGUAAAUGGGCAGGCAUUAAAUGUAAUUCUUCAUCUUCUCUGGGAUUCAAUGAUGAUUCUGAUACGGGGAGAGUGGUAAAGCUAGAGCUUAUGAGCAUGAGAUUAAUGGGUAAACUUUCUCCAUCUUUGGGCUCUUUGGAUCAGCUCAGAACUCUCAACCUUUCUCACAACUUUCUCAAAAGUCCAGUUCCGGUUUCUCUUUUCAAUUUGUCUAAUUUGGAGUUUAUGGACUUAAGCUUCAAUGACUUAGCUGGUUCUGUUCCGGAUAGUUUUCAUUUACCUUCAAUCCAAAUCCUUGACGUCUCUCAAAAUUAUUUAAACGGCUCUUUUCCUUCUGGUAUCUGUAAUGGUUCAUCUUCACUCCGGAUAUUGAAGAUGGCAGCCAACUACUUCACUGGUGAUCUUCCAGCAGGAAUUGGAGAUUGUGGUUCGUUGGAGCACGUCUGUGUUGGGAUGAAUAAACUCACUAGUAUAUCUGAAGAAGGUAUCUUUCGACUUCCAAAGCUUUCUGAGUUAAUUCUUCAAGAUAACAAGUUUUCUGGGCCUCUAAGCGAAGGAAUUGGUAACCUCUCUAACCUUGUUCGAUUGGAUAUAUGCUCAAGUGGGUUUUCAGGACCUAUUCCAGAUGUUUUCUAUAACUUAAAGAAACUGCAGUUCUUUUUAGCUCAUUCUAAUAAAUUCACCGAUGUUAUACCCCCUUCCUUGUCAAAUUCCCCAAGUCUUACUUUGUUGAAUGUGAGAAACAAUAGCUUGAGUGGUCGAUUGCAACUUAAUUGUUCGGCUAUGGUUAGUUUGACAUCUCUUGAUGUAGGCACUAAUCAGUUUACCGGGCCUGUACCAAAGAAUCUCCCAUCUUGUCAACACCUGAAUAAUAUAAACCUUGCCCGUAACAACUUUGUGGGUGAAAUACCAGAGACCUUCAAGAAUUUUCCCAGUCUCUCAUACUUCUCCCUUUCAAAUUCCAGCAACACCAACCUCUCUUCUGCUCUUAGAAUCUUUCAACAGUGUAAGAACCUUACUACUUUGGUGUUCAGCUUGAACUUUCGUGGUGAGGAGUUGCCUGCGGAUCCUACAAUACAUUUUGAAAAGCUUAAGAUUCUUGUUAUUGCCAAUGGUAGACUCACAGGUACAGUUCCACAAUGGUUGAGUGCAAGCAAACAGUUGCAGUUGCUGGAUUUGUCAUGGAAUCACUUGAAUGGAACGAUACCUCCGUGGUUAGGAGAAUUUGCUGCCCUCUUUUACUUGGACUUAUCAAACAACACAUUAACUGGGGAGAUCCCUAAAAGCCUCACUGGUUUACCAAGUCUCAUUGGUAGGGAUAAUAUCUCAUUGGAGGAACCUUCACCAGAUUUCCCAUUUUUCAUGAAGAGGAAUAUUAGUACAAGGGGAUUGCAGUAUAAUCAAGUCUGGAGUUUUCCACCAACCUUGGACCUCAGUAGUAACAAUCUUUCUGGACCAAUCUGGCCAGAGUUUGGGGAACUAAGAAAGCUCCAUGUCUUGGAGUUAAGAUUCAACGGUCUAACUGGGUCUAUCCCAGGUAGUCUGGAUAGGAUGAGCAGCUUAGAGACUUUGGAUUUGUCUCACAACAAGCUUUCAGGCGAAAUACCAAGUUCUUUGGUAAAACUCAGCUUUCUAUCCAAGUUUAAUGUUGCAAACAAUCAAUUACAUGGGCCGAUCCCUACAGGAGGUCAGUUUCAAACCUUCCCAAAUUCGAGCUUUGAGGGAAAUAAUCUUUGUGGCGACCAUGCCAAACCUUGUGCAACAAAAGAGGGCCUUCCUCAUCAAUCAUCUGGUAGAACUGGUAAAAAAAGAGGCGUUGUUGUUGGAAUCACUAUUGGCAUUGUAUUUGGGACGGCAUUAAUUCUUUCUCUUAUGUUCAUAUUUGUGUUGCGGAAGCAUCACCCUGGGGAGAUUGAUCCCGAGAAAGAGGAUGGUAGCACUAAUGAUAAAGGGUUGGAAGAAUUGGGGUCAAGAUUGGUGAUCCUGUUCCAGCAGAACAAGGACAACAGUAAAGAGCUAUCUUUUGAUGACCUUUUGAAAUCUACCAACAAUUUUGACCAAGCAAAUAUCAUUGGGUGUGGGGGUUUUGGUUUAGUUUACAGAGCCACCUUGCCUGAUGGUAAGAAGGUAGCAAUAAAACGACUCUCUGGUGACUGCGGACAGAUGGAUAGAGAAUUUCGCGCUGAAGUGGAAACCCUCUCGAGAGCUCAGCAUCCUAAUCUUGUUCUUCUUCAAGGGUAUUGUAUGUACAAGAGUGACAGGCUCCUAAUAUAUUCAUACAUGGAAAAUAGUAGCUUGGAUUAUUGGUUGCACGAAAGGGUUGAUGGCCCAGCUUUUCUCAAAUGGGAUGCAAGACUUAAAAUUGCUCGAGGGUCUGCUAGAGGGCUCGCUUACUUGCACCAAUCAUGCGAACCCCAUAUCCUUCAUCGAGAUAUAAAGUCGAGUAACAUUCUUUUAGAUGAGAAGUUUGAGGCUCAUUUAGCUGAUUUUGGUCUUGCCAGACUCAUUCUUCCAUAUGACACUCAUGUGACAACUGAUCUUGUUGGAACAUUAGGCUACAUUCCUCCUGAAUAUGGCCAAGCAUCUGUUGCUACUUACAAAGGGGAUGUGUAUAGUUUUGGGGUUGUUCUUUUGGAGCUUCUAACUGGGAAGAGACCUAUGGACAUGUGUAAGCCGAAAGGGUGCCGAGAUUUGAUCUCUUGGGUGUUUCAGAUGAAGAAGGAAAAAAAGGAAAGCGAGGUGUUUGAUCCAUUCAUUUGGGACAAGGACCAUGAUAAGGAAUUGUUGCAAGUCCUUGAGAUUGCUUGUUUAUGCCUAAGCGAAUUUCCGAAAGUCCGGCCUUCAACUCAACAGCUGGUUUCUUGGCUGGAGAGCAUCGGUACAAACAUCUAGCUUCAUCAAGUAAGUGAGGAAUUUCUGGUUGUACAGCUAGAGAUAUCACUUCAAUACUCAUUUAACUGCAAAUAAGUUGGCACUUUUUUGUACUUCAUCUUAAGUUCCUGGUGUAAAUAUUUACCUCAUAACUGGGUUCUUAAGUUUGGUAUCCAUCCAAGAUGUAUUAGAGAAAAAUAUGAAAAUGAAGUAACAAAACCUGUUAUUUUCAACAUUGUAAGUCUUUUACAUCCGAAUUCAAGUUUUGAAGAGAAAUCUUGGCUCUCAAACGUAUGUAAAAAUAAAAUUUUUGAUGUUUUUUGGGGGGUUGGUUUGUAGUGAUACAUAAAGAAAAGCAUUAUUUCAGAUAACA